AUGCUCAUCAAAGAUUUGUUUGUUUGGUUUCGUGAACAAAUCUUCACUUACAAUUUAUUUAUUCCAAUUGAAAUCGAUUCGGAAAAUGAAAACCAGCAAAUACAACAAACAAAUUCCAAUAUCAAAUAUCAAAGAUACGCAACUCGUCUCUACGUUCCUCUAUUCAUUCUUAUAUUUUACAUAAUUUCGUUAAUAAUGUUUGUAAGUCCACAAAGUCGACUGAUCACGAUAUCUGGAAUAACUCCAUCGAAAUUCAAUGAACUUCGUCAAAAUCACGGCGAAAGUCUUUCGUGUCCGUGUUCGAAUACGACAAUUGUUUACAAAGAAUUUCUUUCGAAUUCGAUUUCAUUUCAUCCUGUUUGUACGAGUAUUUUUGUGACGGAACAAUGGAUUGAAGGAGUUUAUUUCGAAAAUGCCAGUGCGUAUUUAAUGAUGGAUUUCCGAUCAACGGCAAGUUCUCAAUUCGCAUUACUCUCAACACUUUGCAAAUAUUGUCAAAAGACAAUCAAUGAAGUCGAAAUCAAUUUGGAAAACGAGAUUUUCCUAACUAAUGAACUUUAUUCCGAAGAAGAAGUUCAAUCUCAAAUCUUAAAAGAUGUCGAAUUAGUUCGUUUAAGUACUCCAAUUCGAUCGAUUCUAUCUCUUUUAUUUCUUCAAACGAUUACUCAAUCAAAUUCAUUUAUUUCCGCAUUAAACACCAAUGCCGUCAUUUAUGUUCAUUAUCUACAAAAUCGAUCUAAAGUAUCAGCAGGUUUCACCACCUAUCAAAAUCCCAAAUCUCCUGAAUUGUCUUAUUUGAUUUCCACAUGUCAAUCAAUAAAUGUAACAGUUCCAUCGGGGAUUUAUAAUGUGUCCUAUGAACAAACAGCUGAUUAUCGUGUCUUUUGGCCUUCAUUUCAACCAUUUUUCAAUCCAAAACCGAUUGUUUUAAUCAAUGGAUUUUUCUCUGGUUGUACUCCACUUGAUGCUCUUUUGAUCAGUUCAUUAGAUUGUCUAUUUAAUCAAACUUGUUUAGAUUAUCUUCCGAUUUAUUUUCGAAAACUUAAUCAGAUUAAUUCAAGUCUGAUCAAUGUUCUUUCUCAUUCGAAACAAGAGAAGAUUUCGUUAAAAGAAAAUUUGAAUAAUUUGUUAAUUGAAGAAUGGAUAACGAAUAUCAAUUAUUCAACUUAUUUUGAAAAAUGUUCGCCUUUGAAAUGCUUUUAUACAGAAACCAAUCGAAUGAAUUAUUCAUAUGCAAUUACAUUCUUAUUCAGUCUUUACGGUGGUCUUGUUAUCAUUCUAAGACUCAUUUCCAUGGUUUUGAUUAAAAUCUUCUUUCAAUUCAAAAUUUAUCAAGUGAAUAUUCAAAUCAAUAGAAAUAUUAUCAUGAGAAAUAUUCAUAAAAUCAUACGAUGGAUGAAACAGUUGAAUAUAUUUCGUUCAGUUCAACAGAAAACAGCAAAUGAUAUAAAAGAACAACGUUUAGCAACAAAGAUUUAUUUACUUUUACUUUCAGGAUCAUUUCUGAUCUUAUUGUUAUUUACUUCAUUGAAUUCUCAAAUGUUAACAAUAUACAAAAUGAAUCCAACAUUAAAUGAAUAUAAAACCUUCGAAAAUUUCAAUUUCAAUUCACUUCAAUGUCCAUGUACAAACACGACCAUUUCCUAUUCAAUAUUCAAUUCAUUUAAUCCUGUUUUACAUGAUGUUUGUUCAAGUAGUUUCGUUGGUUCAGAUUGGAUUUCAAUGAUGAUAUUCUUAGAAACACUUCCGGAAGGAAUUCAAUGGUAUGGAAUCAACGCUCAACAAAUUCGUCUAUUAGCAAAUUUAUGUGAAAAAGCAAAUAAAACUAUUGCAGAUGCAACAAAUCGUUUUAAUCNCAAGUAG